CAGCAUGGGUGGACAGGGACUGUCCUGUUGUCUGCUGUUAAUAAAGUUUGUUGAUGAAUAGAAGUCCGGAUCCCGGAAGUUGUAUAGGAGAGCCGCACAUGGGAGGUUUAUUUAAACGGUAUUGAAAACAUCUGAAACCUGUGUGACCGCCUGAAGAAAAUGACCAAAGAGCAGAAAGAACCGAAAAGUAAACCGAAGAAGGUGAAGGUGAAAAAGCCGAAAAGAGAGGCGGAGUCAGUGGAUGAAACUAAAAGCCUGGAAGUGGCCCCCGGAGCCGAGAGUUAUGUUGCUGGAGAAAUUGCAGGCAGCUUGUUCUCCAAGAAAUCUACCCAGAGUUCCUCAACCCUGUCCUCCCUCUUCGAUACCAAGGUCUCCACUGUACAGCCGCUAUAUGUUCCUGUUGUGCUGACAAAAACAAAAAGAAAACUUCCUGAAACAGAAGACACAAAAGAGAAAACAGCAUCGGCCUCUCAUCCGACGCUGGAGAAAGAAACUAAAAAGCCUAAGAAGGAGUUGACCGUAGCAGAAAAGAAACUAGCAAACAGGGAAAGCUCUCUGGCAAAUGCAGACGAAGAUGAAAUAGCAAAGGCUCAAGCGAAGAAGGGCAAGAAGAGCACAGACGACGAGGAGCUGCCCCUGUACAUCAAGAGGAGACAAAUCAAGUCGGAAGAGAAGGUGAAAAACAAGAGAACCAUCUUUAUCGGGAACCUGCCUGUGUCCUGCACUAAACAGAUGCUGAAGGCUUGCUUUAAGGACUUUGGCGAGAUUGAAUCCAUGAGGUUCCGCUCCUUGGCUCGGGCUGAUGCCUCCCUCUCCAAAAAAGUUGCAACUAUCCAACGGAAAAUACAUCCUAAAAGGAAAAACAUUAAUGCUUAUGUGCUUUUCAAAGAACAAGAAAGUGCAACUAAAGCUCUUGUAAGGAACGGUACAGAGAUCAGCAAUGGAUUCCACAUCAGAGUGGAUCUUGCCUCAAAGAGCUCUACGCAUGACAACAAGAAAUCCGCCUUUGUAGGAAAUCUUCCAUAUGAUGUGGAAGAAGAAGCUCUCAGGGGCCACUUUUCUGACUGUGGAGACAUAGAAGCCAUUCGUAUCAUCAGAGACCAGAAGACUGGGAUUGGUAAAGGCUUUGGUUAUGUGUUAUUUCAGGGUACAGAUGCUGUGCAAUUGGCUCUGAAGUUAAACAAUUCAGACCUAAUGGGGAGAAAAAUCAGAGUAAAGCGCUGCCUGCCCGGGGGAGCACAAAGCACGCAGAAGGACGCGGCGAGCUUCAAACCCAAGACGCAAUCACAGAAACCAGGAAAAUUAAAGAAGAAGAUGAGCUUUGUGGGUGAAACUGCCGAUGCCACAAAGAGUAAAAAUAAGAAGCCCAAAACAAAGAAGAAAAAAAUGAAGUGAUUGAGCAUGCUCCACUAGUACAGUCUGAUAUUUUAGGAGACAUUACCUUCAAUGGGCAAGGAUGCAAAGUGACAAUGUCUUUGCAAAGGGGCCUCCUGACCUACAGAUACUUACCUCAUCACUGUU